UCUCCAUCGCUGCCGAUGUCCGCGGCCGAUGCAGGUCACGAGUCGGAGCGCGGCGCGCGGCGCGGCGGUUGUCACGAGUCCGUGGCUGACGCAGCUUUUCCUACCCCCACCCGCGCGUCAUAUGCAAGAGAGUGCGGCGGUAAGAUGGCGCUGAGAUCCGCAGGCUUUAUGGGUUGUGCUGGCGUUUGUCAGCUGUUCUUCCUCAACACGGCCCUGACAACCGGAGUCUUUGGUGACCAGUUCAGCAUAUUGAAGGCAUCACAGUCUGUCCACUUCCAAAAUGCAGGGCCUCUGCCUGGCGGCCGUAUUCCAGAUGUUGUAUCUUUGUCAAUGGGAUUUUCGGUUGAGGAGGAUCUUCAAUGGCCUGGACUUGCUAUCGGCAGCUUGUUUCAUCGACCACGUGCCAACUUUUUGGUAACUGUCAGGGGAGUUGAACAGUUGGUGCUGCCCAAGAGUGGAAUCUCAUACACUGUUGAAAACCCGGUUCCUUUCACUUUGGAUAGUGUUUCCAAUUCUAUCCACUCAAUGUUUUCCGAAGAGACACCAGUUAUUCUGCAGCUGACCCCCAGUGAGGAGAGACUAUAUAUGGUUGGGAAGGCAAACAGUAUUUUUGAAGAUCUUCCAGUGACAUUACGACAGAUGAGAAACCGUUUAUACCAGGACAACUCUGUUUUAAACUUGAUUCAUUCUUAUUCUUUGAAAGAAAAUAACGAGGUUGACCUUCUGUUCCUUUCAGAACUCCAAGUUCUUCAUGAUAUUUCUGCAUUGCUAUCCAUGCACAAUCAUUUGGCAAAAGACCGUUCACCUGACCUUUAUUCACUGGAGCUGGCAGGUCUGGAAGAGAUCAUAAAACAUUAUGGGCAAGACUCCCAGCAGUUUCGUGAUGCAGCAGAAAUCCUAGCUUCAGUCAUCCAGAAGUUUGCAGACGAUGUGUUUUCCAUUUACAAUGAAAAUGCUUUGAUUGAGUUGCUGACGGUAAAGACGUUUGAGGCUCCUCUUCUAAGAAAAACUAGAUCUAUCCUGCAGUCUCCAUCCAUAAGCAACCCAGGCAGUCCGUAUGGUUUGGCCUACCAAUAUAACUACAACUAUGCCGUUGUGUUUAAUAUUAUCCUUUGGUUGAUGAUAGGUCUUGCAUUAUCUGUGAUCGUCGUUGCCUACAACCUAUGGAACAUGGAUCCUGGCUAUGACAGCAUUAUUUACAGAAUGACUAGUCAGCGAAUUAAAAUGGAAUAGGCUGCUUGCUUGAUAUAGUUAAAAAAAAAACAAUCAGUGAUAAUGGAAAUUUCAAAAAUUCUGGAAAUAGUUGGAAAAAACACUUAGUUUGUUCUUUCUUGGAGGGUUCUUUCUUACUGCAGUGAAGAAUAUGAUAGAAUUUUGAAAACACAUUGUAACAUGUUAAAUAGUACUGAUAAAAUAUCAUUUGGUUAUCAUGGUUAUAAUCUGCAGCUUGAAUUGAUGAUGUUACCUGGUCAUGUUUUUUUUGUUUUAUCAUUUUGAUAGUGGUUUAAGUAAAAUACAGGGGUGGGAGUUGGGAAUGGUAAGGAGGAGGCAGGCUGGUCGGAAAUAAAAUUGAGGAACAUUAGGUUAAGGAAGCCCUUACUGAACUUGGAAUACUUUAGAAGAUGCUUAAUGUUGAUUAUGCCUUGUCCAAAAACACUCUGAAGCAAAUAAUUUUGCCCAAAUGUAUUUGGAACAUAAAUUUUCAGUAUGCAACACCUGAUUUAAGAAUCGAUGCAAUCUGUCUGAUUCUGCAAUCCUAUGUAGAUUUGAUCACAAUUUAGUUCGGUAUCUUCUCAACUUUACUUAAUGAGCUAGCCUAAUUUUACCGUUUAUAGUUAAUGUUACUAUGUAUACUGUUUAUUCUGCAGUUGUGAGCUGAGAGAUUAACUUCUGCUUAUCCAUUGAACAGUACAAAGUCUUUAAUUUCCAUCUUAUUUGUGUGCAAAUAUUGUCCAUGUCUUUCUUGCUCUGUAUAUUGCCAUUGUGUUCUGCAUUAUGAUUUGUUACUGUCACUGUUAUGAAUAGAUCUGCCAAUUAUGGCCUGAAAUGCACUGCAAGACGACUUGAUUGUCGUAGCUAGUGAAUGUGGUAAGAAAUGUAAACUACGAUAGUCCUGAAUGGUGGUCAAUUAUUUUUCUGUAGUCUAAUCGUAAUUGUUACAGCACUGGUAUUGUAAUGAUUAAAAGUUAUUGUGUAUACAUGAUUGAUCCUGCUAUUUAUGAAUGCUUAUUUUGUGAUGUUAAUAAAGAAUUUCCUGUGUGGUUUGAUGUGAA